AUGGAGUGGAAGGGAAUAUGGAAUUACGUCGGGAAUUUCAUUCCAGGGGCCUCUCGAUCUCUGGAAAAUGUUGACGAUGAGGACCUCCUUGACGAAGGGGCAGAAGCAGUAGAAGGAAUGGAAAGUAAAGCGAAGGAUACAGACGUCGGUGAACGUCAGGCGGAAAAGAAAACAAACGGGGAUUCAGACACUCAAAAUCAAAAAGAGAUCGAUGUAGAAGGUGACAGAGAAACCAUGAUACCAGAAAACGAACAGAUAGUCUCUGUUAACCCGCCUGAUGAAGAUGAGGAAGACGGUUCGCCGGAUGAAGAAGAUGAAGAUGAUGUGAGUGACGAAGAAGAUGAGGAAGAAGAUGAAGAAGAGGAUGAUGACGAAGAAUACGAAGAGAUAAUGGAGGAGGGAAGAAGUGACGAAGAAGCAGCAGAAAGGGCUGGUGAUAUAGAUGGCGAUGGAAUUUCCAGUUCUUCUAGUUCCAGUGAUUACGAGGACUCGGAGGACAUAGACACCGAAAUAGAAAAUAAUGUCACAAACGAAUCGACAAGUUGCAGUGGAAAUGCAGCUGAUCUAUCAGGCAACAAAAGUGAUGCCAAAGAAACCAGGGAAUGCGAGUCGGAAACAAGUGGUAACAAUACCGAAGUGACCGAGAAUGACGAUGUUGGCGUUGUUGUUAGGGAUGAUAAAACUCAAGACGAGCAACAACACGGUCAAGAAAAGUCUUUAGUGAAUGAUACAGAUGAACAUAACGAUGAAGAAAAUAAAGGUGAACAAUUAAAGAAUGGGGAAGUAGACAGUGAUGGUACGGGAAAUAGACCAGAAGAAAUAACGAAUUCGCGGGACGAGAGAAACAUGAAUGCAGUGGGGGAAGGUAUUUUGGAAGAAGAGACUGACUCGAACAGCAAGUCUGAAACGGGCAGUGCAGAUGAGACGGAGGAGGAGGAGGAGGAGACUAUAGAAGUCGUAGAAAAUGACAAGUUGGAAACAUCUGAUGGUGAAAAGACAAACGAAGGAGCAGAAAAAGUAGCAGAUGUAGACGAUGUUGCAAGUGAUGCUGGUCAAGCAGACGUACGAGCAGAGGAAGUGACAGCGAAUGAGAGAGCUGAACACACACAGAAUGCUCAUGAGCCGAAAGGGGAAGUAGACGACGACACAAACAUCAGGUCUGAAAUAAGUGAUACAGGGGAGACGAAAGCAGGAACAGAAGAAGGCAGUGAUAACAAAUCUGAAAUAAGCGAUCAUGACAAUAUGAAAGAGAUCGUAGAAGAAAAUAUAAACACCAAGUCUGAAACAAACAACGCUAAUGAGAUGAAAGAAGGAACAGAAGGAGGCGCAGGUGGAAUAUCCAAAGUCAACGAUGAUGAUGACGAUAAGAUAGAGGAAAUAAUAGAAAGCAUAACUACCAAGUCUGAAAAAAGUGAUGACGAAAAGUUGGAAGAAAUAGAAACGAACAUAGAAUGUCAAAUAACUGAGACAAAUGAUGUCGCUCAAACGGAAGAGGGAACAAUAGAGGAAUGCCCUGAACAGGAAUUAAACGAGACCAUAAAGGCAAAUGAAGAGGAAACCACAGAAUGCUCAGUAGAUGAUAAGGAGAAUGAAGUAGGGACAAAUAUUCGCGAAGAGUCAGUGACUGGAUAUGAGACAAGCAAAGAUAUCAAAGAAGGCGUGGCCACUUUAACAAAUGGAAACGGUCAUCCCGAAAAGGAGGAGGAGGAGAUACGAGAAAAACUCACCGAGAAAGUUGAAGCAGUUGGUACUGGAACCACGGAAAAGGGUUCAGGAGACCCUUUGAAUUCGGCUGAUUUAAUAAAUGAAAAUGGAAAAGGUAACGAACAAGUGAAUGAGAAGAAGCUUGACAAAGAAAAACCUCAGGUCUUAGAUAAAAAUGGAAAUAAAACUAGUAAGGAGCACGACACGAAAGACCACAAGACGCGCAAAAAGGGUCGGCAGAAUUCCGGCGAGAAAAAGAAGAGCUAUUUCGAAGGGGAAGAAUUCGAGAGAAGGAGCGCCCUGGCAACCCUGAUGGACAAAGGCAUUCUCGAGAUGGAGAUCCUCACGCAUCCUACGAGCUCCUUGCAGUUCUCCGACAUUGCCAAGAAAAUCUUGAAGGAAGUACAAGACAGUCGAGCAGAGAAACUGCGCAAGAGUCCCAAAGCAAAGCCGCGAACAAUUCAUCAUACAAUUCAUCAUACGAAGACUAUCAAAGGAAAAGACUCCAUUGACGGGGACGUCAAACCGUCCGUAAGUGUUGGUGGUCGAAGUCUAACCGACACAAUUAUAAAAAGCUCUGUAGAAAAUGAAUUUCAAUCGAAACGAGGAGAACCCAGCGAGACACUUUCAUCCUUAAAACAUGACACUGACGUUAUGAUGCAGCCUGAUAAAGAUUUCAUUGACUCCCUGCAGAUAUCAGAUCUUACCAGGCCUUCGCGGCUCAGCGAUGGUGACAUGAAUCAACUGUCAUCACUACUGAAGAAGCCGGAAAAGAUGGAUGAAUCAGCCAAACCACAAGAAAAGACACCCGAUGUGUUACAUUCGUGCAUCAAGGUGUUCAACCCACUGAAGACGGGCGUUUCUUUAAAUAGAGAGGAGGAUUAUGCAUCAGAAAUCUCAAGCAGAUCUAAAUUUCGUAAGGCCUCGGUCACUUUUCGCAUGGACGACGAGAAUGCGAACGAAAGCAGUAAGCAGAACUCGAAAAAAUCCAAAGGUGAAUCUCACACUCAUGAUGCUUUGCCUCUCACUCCGUCUCCUUCGGUUUCUGAAUGCUCCUCUCCCUCUGUAUCGCCUACUGAUCAGUCUCCUACCUCUGUUUCUCUCACGGAAGUUACUCCUUCCUUAACUUCUUCGGGUAUGACCUUAAUGGACGCACUUCCUACCCACAGGGCUCCUCCACCUCUCAUUCCCAUUGAUAACUCUCUCUCCUCUUCGUCCCCUCCAAUGAUAUCGUCUUGUUCAUGCUCUAUUUCGGAUUUAUCUGCGCCUCCUUCCUUGCAUCACAAAACCUCUUCCCACCAGGACAGUUUUUCCUCUCCUGAUAACUCCUCUUCUCCUCCUACCCCCCCAGAGAAUUCCUCAUCCCCUCCUAUUCUCUCAGAAAAUUCCUCCUCUCCCCCAACUUUCCAGGAUUCUUCAUCCUCUCUUCCUACUCCCCCUGAAUCGUCCUCCUCACUUCCCACUCAACCAGAUUCUUCUUCUUCUUCUUUCCCUACUCCCUUAGAGUCUUCUCUUCCCACUCCCCCAGACUCUUCUCUUCCUACUCCCCUGGAGUGUUCCUCGUCUCCUCCAACUCUUCCUGAUAACCCCUCUUCCUCUCUAAACGCACAUAACGAAUCCUCCUCCUCCUCCUCCUCCUCUUCCUCUUCCUCUUCCUCUUCCUCUUCCUCCUCCUCUUCCUCUUCAGGUAUGUCCUCCUUUCCUCCUACUUCUUCGUCUGCUUCCUCCUCACAGACAGCUAAUUCAGAAGUCACACUCCCACCCCCACCACCUCCUCCUCCUCCCCCUCCGCUCCCAGCCUUACCCAAAGGUAUCCCAGGAUCUCCUUCCUUCAAGAAUUUGAAACUGGAAGAUGUCUCAUCAGCGACUGCAUAUCCAACGUCUCUUCCCAUUUCUCCGUCGAAAACGCCCCCCUUGCUUUAUUCUCCCAAAAGAGUAACACCACCAAAACCACACAUAAGAAACUUCAUCUUUUCUCCUUUCUCCCCUUCCGAAAUGUUUCUCCCCCCAGUUUCUCCUCUUCAGAAGUCUUUCAUUCCCCAGCUAUCAUCCCCGUCUUCUUUGACCCUUCCCAUAGUAGCUACAGAACAAGAUGGUGGAUCUAUUAAGCCAUCUACGGCGGUAGCUGGAGAGCCUCUGAAACCUGACACUUGUGAUCCUAAAAGGCUGGAGGCCGAAGGUGAGAGGACGUAUCAGUGUUCCGCGGACACUGGUCCUGGGAGGGUGUUGCAUGAACGCUCUGUUGAUCACACUGCUUGCACGUGCUGUGAUAAGCAACUCGGGAGUAAAGGAGUACAUUGUUCUGAAAACAGGAAUGCCAUUGUAGCUGCUAAUAGCAGUAGUGAAAAUAUCCAUGAAACGGACAAUGUAGCUAAUGUUUGCUGCAGAGUAAAGGUAAAACAAAGCAAGGAAUUCAUAUACAAAAGUGAUAGUGAUAAGAAUAGUGAUUUAAACAUUUUUGCUGUUACGACAAAUAAUUCGAGUUCCGUUCUUUCAAAUGUGUCAAGCGUAACUGAACCCAAUAAUGACGUCAUAUGUGAUGACGUCACUUCAGUUGUAGCCGGAGAGGGCCAUCAUUUAGAAAGAUAUAAAUCAUCGCAAAAAACUGAUGCUUCCUCCGUGGAAAUCUUGGAAAAUGAGGCUAAUGAAUACAAGGAAACUGGAAAGGCAGAAGAAAGGAGAAGCUUAGAGAAUAAAAGAUCAGUAGCUGUGAGUGGUAAUGAAGGAAAUCAAAAUGGUACAAACCUAGUGCUCGAUAAUGAUCCUGAAAAUUUAGAAGGCCCUUGGUCGUCGCCACAGCUAGCGAAAGUUGUUCAGGAAUUAGUGGUGUGCAAGAAAUUCAACAUGACAACAGCUCAAGCUAAAAAACGACAACACAAUAUCAGCCGUUUAGAUAUUCCUACGAAAGAUAGAACAGUCGUUUUUGACAGCACCAAACUAUCCUCAUCCUCGAAAGUAAAAACAGAAAAAGUGGAAAUAUCCGGGACAGGUGGGUUGGAAACGAAAAGAGACAAUGGUUCCCAUGAUGAUCUCUUGAAAGGAGUGGCUAGAAAGUUGAAGAGCUCUGCUAGUCGCAGUAAGAAAUCGGUAACUGAGAAGGAUAGGAGUUCCAAGAUUCAUUCAGGUACGCCAGAGCCAUGCAAUAGCACACAACCACAAGAAGUGAGUGGAAGUAGCAACCCUGCAGCAGAGGGACGUAGACUUUACACCAAAAAUCCAAGGAAUGACGGCAAGAAGCAGUUUACCCACAGAAGCAAGUUUUUUGGAAGGGGUCACGGAGACACAAAUAAAAAUGAUGGGACCAAAGGGAAAGAGAGUAAAUUUUUGCCUUCGCCGAAAAUUGAGAAACUCAGUCAUUCGCCUCAAUUUCAUAAAGGAAAACUUUCGUCAAGCACAAAGAGAGAUGCACCAGUCACUCAGUCUUCUCCGCAUCAGUCACCCAUGAGACUGAGACACCAGCCAUCACUCAAAGGAUCCCCGAAAUCUGAAUCACGUAGGAGUAGCUGUUCAUCCAGCUGUCAUUCACCGAGACUGAAUUCCUCCCGCAGAAAUUCUCCAAGAUUAGCCUCAAAAACCUCUAGCUCUAAUUCACCCAAAUCUUCGCCCAAAACAGAAUCUCCACGAGGCUCUCAUAAAAAGGCGGUGUCUCCUAAUGUAUCAAAGAAAUCGCCAUCACCAAGGUUAACACCUGGAAAGAUCGUAAAGGUCGUUUCCCCGCAGGGAAAAAAUCCCUUUCAGCGGUCGCCUAAGAAUUCUCCGCCAUCUGGUCGUCAAAAAACAGAGAAUUCUAAGCAGAAACUUGGGAAACUAGAUGGAAAGAAAAGAUCUAGCGAUGGAGACUCUCGCAGAAGCAGCGUUUCGUCUGUCAAAGGCACCGAAGAUGUGAAAAGUAGUGAUACAGAGUCACAGAAUGAUGAUGCCAAGCAAAAGGAAACUGCUCAGGGUGAUGUUACAGAUACACACGAAACGAAUGAAAGCACAAAACAGUGUAUUAAGAGAAGUGAUGCAGAGAAGAAGCCUGACGAGUCCACGGAAGAUGAAAAUAAAAUAGUUCCUGAAUUAGAGGGAGAGCCAGAUGUAAGUAGAAAGAAUUUUAGAAAAGAAUUUGACUCAGAAGGUAACUUUGAUAACAAAAACGACAAAGGACAAUUAGAUGAGCAGAAUGAGAACAUAUGCAACGUGGAGACAGAAGCAAAGCCUUUCAAAGCUAUGCGGAGAGAAAUUUCAGAUUGUAGACAACGCCUGGACACUUAUAUUGAAAACAGAUCACAACAGGAUAAUCGUCAACGCUAUGUUUACAUGGCGUCAAAAAUGAGUGGGAAAUUAGAUGCUGAAAUUAUCCAGUUCUUUGAAAACCAGCAACAAAAGCCUCGAGAAAUAAUACGAAAUGAAAAGUUAAUUCAAGAGCAUUUCAAGGGUAGCACUAAAUCUGAAAAACGUAGCAAAUUUAUUGGCAGCUUUUUUGAAAAAUCCGUAGAAAAUACCGCAACUUGUGAUGGCAAAACAAUAGAGGAUGCUGAUAAGAAAAUGGAUGGCGAUAAGGAAAGUGACAGUUUAACCAAGAAUAUUAAAACUGACGAAAAUUCAUCUCAGGAAAACAAAGAGAUAGACAUGAAGGAAAAUGAUAGAAUUGGAGGACGCAAAAUAGACACUGAAUCAAAGAAUGAAAAUGACGAAGGGGAAGCGCAAUCACAAUCUGAAAAAUCUACGGAAAAUGAAGAAGUGCCGGUGACUGACCCGAACCAUGAAGCUUUAGAAAGAGGCGUCAAAUCAGAAAUUAAGGAGGAUGUGGAGAAAGAAAUUUCCAUUAAACUAGCGAAGGAGAGCAAAGGAAAUACCUGCAUUCCUCCUCAGUGUGAAAUAAAUAAUCAAGAGAAACCCGAAGACCUCGGCAAAAUAAGAAACUCGAUACCAGAGGAAAGUAACCUGAUGAAGGAGGAUAACAAUGAUACCGCUAACUAUGGUGAGGAGGAGGAGGAGGAAGAGGAGGAGAAGGAGGAGGAGGAAGAGGAGGAGACACAAGCAGGAGCAGAGGUAAAGGUAAAGAAAGAGGAAUUGGAAGAGAAAAAAUCACAAGGCAUUGAUAAGCAUGAGGAUGAUCUUAUGAAAGAUACUCCUAAUGAAAGUGAUGAGACGAAAGACCACCUAAAACAAGAACAAAAUGCUACAAAAGUAUCUGUAACACGAAGGGACGAAAUGAUUGCAAGGUUCAAGCAAGAUGAUGGUAUAAUGAUUGAGAAAAUACGCUCCAUCAAAGGCAGUAUAAAUGACCAACCAGCAGAUUUAAAGAAAACUGAUGAGGCAGAUGAUGGAUCGAGUGAAAAAGGAGAACAAAUGGUAAUUUCACCGGAGGAUCAAGAAAGAGCAGAUGAUGAAAUAGAUGAACUGGAAAAAAUUUCUCUUAUUGGUGAUCAGAUUGACGAUUCUUUGACAGAGGAAGGACCUGGAGACUCGAUAAUGAAUGAAGGCUCUAAAGACGCUACCGAGACUCAAAGCAGCAACUCAUGUGAAACAGAAAGUCGGUCAUUAGCAAACAGUGCGAGAAAUCUGAAAGAUAACAAAGCGAUUGCCACGGAUGCCAAAGAACACAAUGAUAAUCGUUGUCUCUUAGACAAUGCAGAUGAAACAAGAACUACUCAAAUGACAAUUAGCAUUAAUUCUCCUAAGGAUGUUGUGUCACAUAAAAUUGCUGUCCAAAAUAAGGAUGAUACACAAGGUGCAAAACAUUUAAUUCCUUUAUUAAAUUCUAAUAGUAAUGAAGAGUCAGAUGAAAUAUUAGAAGGCAUAACGAAAGAGGAAGUUUAUAGAUCUCCUACUGCUUUAAAACAAGAGAUACAUAGUGUUCAUUUUACAUUAAGUCCAAAAGACAUUAGUAGGAGCAGGGAAUACAUUAGCCCAAAUAGUGUUGUUUCCUCAACAUCCUUUGAGUUCUCUAAGUCUGAUGAAUCAAAACAAGCAGAAUUAACUCCUAACUUACAGAGUCCUUCAGUAUUAGAAGAUAAUGUCUUCGAAUCAAACCAGAACAUAAGUGAUGUUGCAUCUGUUGAAGCAAGAGAAGUUGAGAUUGCUUAUACUGAAAUAAACGUUUAUGGGAGUCAUGGGGACCUUUAUGUUCCAGGUGCCUACACAACUGCAAAACAAGAGCCAGAGGUAACUUACGUCAACAUUCCACCAAAGGCAAAUGUACUUACUUCUAGUGGGAAUGAGAUAAGAAUUGAGGAUGUAAGAUUUGGAGGAGAGCCUGAUAAGGAAAGGUCUCCUACUCGCAAGGAAAACAGAAUUACAAGAAAACUGAUGCCAAGUCAUCGUAGACUUACAAAGACUAUAUCUGAGGGAAACUUUCGACUUGCCAGUGAGCCAGCAUUAGACAGUGAUGAUGGUAGCACCUCGAAGCCAGCUCAUUUGCCUUCCUUCAAAAGAAGUCAGACUGAGAGUGAGUUUGAGAAAGAUAAACUCGAGGCUGCUGUAACUGAUGUGAAUAAAACAUCAACGGUUAGUGAAAUAUUUGCACGUGGUGUAUCAGGGAAGAUUAGAGCGAAGAGCCGUAGUGUUGAGAACAUUCGGCUCUCCAGUCUCAGCUGUGUUGAGAUUACAAAUCCUAUUGAUACACCUCCCAUUAUGAAGAGUAAUUCAUCUUGCCGCAUUGUAGGUGUAUUGAAGAAGAAAGAUUCCCGUGAAAAUGUGUUAGAUCUCAUGUCUCCUCCACAAGGAAAAGACUUUGAAUCGGAUAGCGAUAAUAAUACAUCCUUAGUAAACCAAGGCACCAGUCCAAACCAGGAGGAUAAAAAAACACAGAAGCAGCUUCAUAAACAAAAUUCAUUAGUAAGAAUUGCAACAGAACAAAUAGAAUCAACUAUUCUAGAAGAGGCCCAGCCGCUUGAGUCAGUCUCUAAAGAAUCUGUCAAACCAGUUGAAGUCCUACAAGGAAAUUUUUCUGUCAGUAGUUGCUCAGCAAGUGAAAGUCACAUUUAUGAAAACGUUCCUGAAGUCUAUAAAGCUGGCAUUAUAGAUAUUUCUACUCACAAUGAAACGGAAGUUACUGUUGAUGCCACAGAAGAAAAGCCAAAAAACUUGGUUGCAAAAGUAAUACAUAUAUAUGAAAAUCUCCCAGCACCUGGAAAAUUGUUUGAUCCACCUCCAGGGAAGAUGAAAGAUGUUCCCCAAAGCCUCCCUGAUGCUGCAAGUUUAGGUAGUGCUGUAACUGGAAUACUGAAAUCUCAACACAUUCAGGAACAUAGUAUUCUAAAGAAAGAAAAUUCAUAUAGUGGCAGCUUAUCUUACAGUGAAAGGACUGAAACUAGGGAAUAUUCUAGGUCCCCAAUAAUAUCAGGGAGACCACCAAAAAUCUCGUCUGAACCAGCUUCCCCAAGGCGAUCAACUUUUGAAAAAUCAUCUGUGAAAAAAAGGCAGCCUGAGUCUGAAAGUAGAAUAGAAAAGCAGAAGUCAAAUUAUAUGAAGCAAAGGUCUGUUCGUGUGGGAAUUUUGAAGAAACAAAAGUCAGACAUUACUGGAGUCAGACUUCAAAAACUACAUUAUUUUGACAAUGAAUUCCCAGGAGAACGUAGAAGAUCAUAUUCAAUUGGUUCAGAGCUUGGAAAAGGCUCAAAAUCUGGUAAACAAGAUGGCAGUGACGAACAGAAUACAGACAGCUAUGAAACAUCUCAAGCAAAUGAAACCUCAAAACUAGAAAUAACUGAAUUAGAAAGACGCUGUCACAGUUCUAUCAGUACUAGUAGUAACAGUAGCAGAAGUAGUGCAAUUGAUAGGAUACUGCAGAGUUGUGCUCCUUGUAUCACCAGCAAUACUGGUUCAACUUUGGAUUUGGCGCAAAAGCCAGUUGUGCAUCCCCCAGCUGGUGAGUCAGAUACAGAUUCUUCUAAUAAGGGUCAGUUUGCAGAUGAGUCUGUGGUCAACGAAAGUGAUUCUUCAAAGAAGAGUAAAAACACAAGGCCCCAUCAAGUAAGCUCUAAACCAACUUUCAGAGCAUCUUCAUCCUCAUCUGAUGUUGGUGCCUCUUGGAGUUCAGAAGCUCUCUCUGAAAUACCAUCAAUCACACAAGUGGCACAGAAUGAGGAAGAUCUGACCGUUAAAUCAGGACAUCCAGACAUUACAUUUACUCCAGAAAAAGAAGUGAAACUUCCAGCAAAUGAGUCAGACUCUGUUCAUAAUCUUACUACAACAAAGACAUCACUUGUGCCAGAUGAACCUGUGGUUGUGGCUCCCUCUGAAACUAGUUCUGUUACUGAUGAUGUUGUUAGCAUAGACAUGGAAGAAAAGUCAAGUCUUCAGGUGACUUGCGAAAGAGAUGGUUCAAGUUCAACUCUUCAACAGGGUGAGACUGGGGAAACAGAUUUUUACAGUGAAUUGCUAGAUACUAUUCUCAGUGUUGUUGAUUCUCAGGACCCUGCUAAUGCUGCUAGUCCCACAGGUUUAGUUUCUCCGUCAGAUGUAGCUGGAACAAAACCUUCGGUAGUCUCUUCAAAACAGUUAGACAAUACAAGAGAGCUGCAAAAAAAUUUGAAGCCAAAGGCACUAUCUGUUACUGUUCCGGCUGAGCAACAAUGUGAAAUUCCAGAGAAACAUGAGCCAAUAUCUCCUAAAAAGGAAGAAGCGGAACGUCGAGCAGGAACAAGUGACUCUGAUUCAACAGCAAGUCUUGAUUCAGAACUGGCUGAAGUACGUCGACGAGUAACUGAGAGAUUCCCACCUGCUCCUCGUGAAGGAUCCCAAGCAAGUCAAGAGUCUGUUUUGGCUUCUCCAAGUGCUGUCUGUCCAAUGCCUAACUGUACUGCUUGUCGUUCCCAAAGUAUUAAUUCUUCAGAACCUUUAGUUUUCAGUUUUGAUAAACCCGUGGCUUCAACAUGUUGUGAACCAGCUAGGGCAGCAAGUUUAUCAUAUGUGGACCAAGCAUGUGAUAAAAACAAGAAAGAAAUGUUUGUAAGGUCUACCAGUCUUCCUUAUGAUCCAGAGGUUUAUCAGGAUAUAGAAACUCCGUGUACUGUUAAUGAAGAUGAAUACUUGAGCGCUGUUGGUGAAGAUACUGGAAGGCUUACACCUCAGUCAAUAUCUCUUCAAUUAAAUUACUCUACCCAGUUAGAAGUCAAACUCCAGGGAAGUUCUUUUCAAGCCAUGAACGAACAGAUGUCUGUAGAGGAUCAGUCAUCAGAGAGUACCCCAGAUCAGGAUAGUUCCCAAAAGACUUCAGUGCCUGCAGAUAGUUCUCCAAAGGACGACGUUCCUUCUGGCUCAAAUAGUGAUGAACAGAAAGAUCACAGUGAGAGUUCAAGCAACCAACUGGCAGAAGAAAUGUCGCAACUACGGUUGGAGAAUGAGAAGCUUUCAGCAAGAAAUAGAUCAUUGCAAAGGGAAGUUGAAGAAUUACGGAGAGUGAAGGAAUCAAUGGUGGAAGAAGAUCUCCAACUAAAGCCUCAAAUCAACCAAAUGACUAUGGAAUUGACCCACGCUAAAGAAGCCCUCUCAGCUCUAAAAGCUGACAGGAAGCGUUUGAAAGCAGAAAAGUUUGAUCUCCUCAACCAAAUGAAACAGCUUUAUGCAACCUUAGAGGAUAAAGAAAAAGAACUAAGGGACUUCAUAAGGAAUUAUGAACAAAGAAUGAAAGAAAGUGAUGAAUCUCUGCGUCAUCUGGCUGCAGAACGAGAUGAAACAGAGAGGGAGAAGUGGAAUAUUCUCAAACAUGCUCGAGAUGAGUCUGAAAAAGUAGUAAAGUUGUCAGCACAGCUUGGCUUGAAAGAAGCUGAAAUAAAGAAACUUCAAGAUGAUCUUGAAAUGGAUGGUUCCAUGCCUAUUCAAAUCAAACUCUCUCCAAAACUGGAUGUCAAAGAGAAUGUUAUUCAGGGUCUUUCCAAAAGUCCUCUUCAAACAUCCGAGGUCCGUAAACAGCUCACCUCUGUCGGAUACUACAGUGAUGCAGAGUCUGUCAGGACCAAUGGACUGCCCACCCCCACAGCUUCCACGCCUACAUGUUCACCGCAACCUGUUUCAACUCCCACACCAACUCCAAAUGGCAGAGGGUCCUCUGCUGAUUCUGGUGUUAGGUUGUCCAGUGAUAGAGACUCAACUGCUAGUCAUGAUGGCACACCCACCAUUACUGUGGAACAUGGAUCCUUCGACUGUGACACGCUAUCAGUCUGUUCUUCAGCCACAGCGGCUUCCCUCUACUACCAUGCAUGUGGAAUGGGAACACCAAAGGAAUCCCCUUCACUUUCGCCUUUAUAUGCUACACCUUCUUGCAUAAGAGACGAUAGAGGUGGCGACAGUACUCCCACAGGUGGUCCACUGCCUUCUGGUCAUAGUCUUAAUUCAUCUGCGAUGAGUGGUCUUGCCAGCAGCAAUGCAAGUACUGGUGGCUUAAGCAGAUCAGCUGAACAGCUAUGUGAAAGACUUGCUGAAACCAGUGAUACAUCAAAAGGUCGUGGUUCUAACACCCUUUCUCGUAAGAGCAACAAAAGUGGUGGUACAUGGGGUUCAAUAUCAAGAGUGUUUGCAAGACAAAAGAAACGUGCCGCUCUUGAUGCCUCUCUAUAUGAUGGUAAUGGGAGUGACAAGCGAGCUUCUUGGUCCCCUAGUUCAUCAUUGUGUGUAUCUCCUCUGACAGAGGAGAGUUAUUCAGAGAAACUCAGAUUACUCGAAGAGGCACAACACAUUCCUCUUGAAAGAUGGAAAGCGCCAACUGUCUUAGCUUGGUUGGAGGUGACAUUAGGCAUGCCUCAGUAUGGUGCCAUGUGUGCCGAGAAUGUCCGAAGUGGAAAGGUACUUUUGGAACUUAAUGACUCAGAACUAGAAGCAGGUUUAGGGAUUAGUCACCCUAUGCAUCGCAAAAAAUUGCGUCUAGCAAUAGAAGAACUUAGAGAACCUCGUUUAAGUCGGUAUCCAAGAAUAUCUGCGCUGGGACACACAUGGGUUUCAUCAGAGUGGCUCCCAGAUCUGGGCUUACCACAGUACUGUGAUGCCUUUGCUAAUAAUCUUGUGGAUGGUCGACUUCUAGAAGCACUUACGAAAAAGGAAUUAGAAAAACACCUAGGGGUGCAUCGCAAAUUUCAUCAAGCAUCCAUUAUACAUGGGGUACAUCUUUUACGAAUUGUUAGGUUCGACAGACAGAUACUAGCUGAGCGUAGACGGCAAAGUGAAAAUGUAGAUUGUGAUCCAAUUGUGUGGACUAAUUUACGUUGGGUGAAGUGGGCACGGACUAUAGACCUAGCAGAGUAUGCAGAUAACCUGAAAGACAGUGGAGUUCAUGGUGCCUUGGUGGUAUUGGAAUCUUCCUUCACAGCAGACACAAUGGCCACAGCACUAGGCAUUCCUCAGUCUAAAAAUAUUAUUCGUAGACAUUUAGCAACUGAACUUGAAAGUUUAGUCAACCCUGCAAGGCAACAGCUUGAUGAACAGGCUCGUUAUGCUAAGCUGGAACGUCGACGUCAGGAAAAAUUGGCAGCUGGUGGAAGUCUAGGCAGAUCAUUUUCCCGAAGUUAUGGAACCGGUCUGGAAAGGGCAGAGAAAGAUAAAAGAAGGGCAUCUUUAAGGGAGUGGAUAGCGGAAGGUUCCUUAAGCCGUGCCCUAGGACUCCGAGUUCGUGAGGAAAUUAAUGCUGCUGGUAAUGGUGGGGAGUCCUCUUCCUCUGGAGGACAGUCCCCAGCUGUAUCUUCUCGAGCCCAUCCUCACCAUCCCCCACAAGCACGCCCUCGCUCUUCUGUUAUGCCCUCUGGUGUUUAUGUGCAUCAUGAAACUCACCGGCGUGUAAAAAGCAUCGGUGACAUAGAGACGAUAACAGUGACGCCUGUUUAGCAAUACUCCCUUCAGCGACGCAGAGAGUUGUUCGCUGAGAGGGGUGUUGGUGUAUGUAACUUUCUGUGUUCUCCUGUAUUUAAUGUGUUCAAUUAAAACACAACUAGAGAAACUCAGUAGGUGGUUAGACCUCAGAUACAGUCUCUCAUCAGGUGAAUUAUAUUUUGUGGAAGUGUAAUUUAAAGAAAUCAGUAGCAUGUGCCUCUCACUACUGUUUACUGAAAUGAUAAUGGUAGUUCAGCUGUCUAGUGAAAUUCCCUAGUGAAAAUCCAAGAAAAUGUUGGCUUAUUCUAUUGCCACUAGAGAAUCUUAUUGGAAACACAGAUUUGUAUCUUACAAGUUUGAUACUGGUCGAGUACAAUAAAACUAGCAGCCAUGGGACCACAAGUUAUAUGCCUUCCCUGUCGGGUGAAUCUCAGGCUGGUAUUUUCAUUUUGUGUGUAAUUAACUUGCCAAACCUGGUCCCUCAAUUUGAACAACAGUAGACUGUAAGAGAGAGAUGCUUAUGCUCAGUGAGACUUAAAAUAUGAACUUUGACUCGUGUAUAGAUCCUGUACAUUGUUAUCAUCAGGGUAUAAUUUAUAAAGUUUCAUCUGCUCAAUAAGGUUAACUGCCAAACAUACACAAAGCAUGAGGGGGAGGUGAAUAAUGGCUAGGAAUUUGGAGCCAGAGGACUUGUGUUUGGAGGAUUUUCUCUAGCAAGUGGUAUUUGACAGGACUAUGGUCUUUCAGGCAACUGCAUUGGCCUUGCCUAUCAAAUUCUCAGUUGUCUCUUGACAUGCAGUUAAUAGUGAUUCAAGAGAAGGCAUGAUCUCAAGUUACAAGGAAUGUUUGAGAGUUUGAGGCUACAGUAUGUACAGAUUAUGUAACUUUUGUACUUAAACUACAGUGUGUGUGUGUGUGUACGUAAUGCAUUGAAGGUCAUGAAUUUAUGCAGGUCUGUCUCCCUUGGUUGUCAUGUGUUCGAACUCUUACAUCAGCUGAUACAUAUAAUAUUCAACUAUAAGUAAAUUGUUAAUUUUUUUUUUUUUUUUUGCUUUGGAGUAGACUCUUAGGAAAUUAUAAUACUAAUAAGCACAAUAAUAUUACAAAAUGAUUUUUAUGAUAGUUUAUAUUUAUUGGUAUUGAUUAUACUCUUAAAAAUUGCAUCGAUAUGAUCAAGUGUGGUUUUUUAUGAUACUUCUAUUGUGAACAUUACUAGUCAAGACUUCAUUUAUAAAUUGUGGAAUAGUACUUUUCCUCUGUGUGGCCUUCUCAGCAAUUACUUUUACCCUAUGUAAUGGGAGUGGUGAAAUCCUGUUUUGGAGUAUACAGGUAUUUUUAUUUGAAUAAAAUUGAUCUUUAGGCAUUGAUCAUUUAAAGAUAAUUAGUUGCUCUGCUUCUGAAUUAUCACAACUUGAAUGUUAAUAAUUUUUUAGUCUUCAUUUAACUCUAAUCUUGUUGGCUGCUUUAGGGUGACGAAUGAAAUCAAGGUUGUUAAUUACAAUACAAGAGUUCUGAAAAUAGCAUACUGAAGAUGUGUAAAUAAUCUACUGUAAUUACUGUAAAUUACUGUAAGUGUAAAGGAAACUAUUUUCAUUCUUUAAUUUGUUUUUAAUGCAGUAUAUGAAUAUUUGAUGUGGAUAUUACCAAAGAAUUGUACUGUACACAUUAAGUUUUGAUGUUGGUAAUAUACUUGUAAAUUCUGAUGGGGCCACACGCUGCCACUGACUUUGUAAACUUUGCAUUUCUGUUGGAUGCAGCGACUGUAACUUACCCACAACAAGAAAGGGCUACAGUAUGAGACAUGUAUUUGUAAAUUUUUCUUGAGAAGUAAUAUAUUGUUCAAAAAAUGUUUCCUAAACUUUUUGCUUUUGAACAUAAAUGUCAAUGUGUGAGCUAGCAUUGUAUACAUGGAUACUCUGCUGUGAAGUUCUGGAUUUAUGAGUACAGUAUUUUUUAGAUUAGGUGAGCAUUAUAUUGGCUUUUCAUGCUUAAGUAUUGCUGUAUGAAUUUAAUGAGAUGAUGUUAUAUGGUCUAAAGUGAAGAAAAAAAAAGCUUAUAUCAUAUAGUUUUUACUACAUAUAUUUCUAAAGGUUCUCCUUUUUGCACUUUUUGCAGUCAGAUGUAAUAAUGUACUGUUUGUAUAUGAGUUUUGAAUAUUUAAAAAAAGGAUGUAUGCAGUAUAUAAUAUGCUAGCAAAGUUUUCUUUUCUCAGUGUACCGAACUGUGACAAUGUAAUUUGAAAGAAAAGUCACUUAAUGUAUAUGAGUGAGAUCAGAGUUGUCAUCCAAGGCAAGUGCAUUGUAUUUUUAUAUCAUUGUAAUGAGUAAUGAUAUGUCAUAUUGUAUAUAAACAGACAUGUAACAUUGAGUGUUGGCUCUGCCGCCAUGACCAAGUAAUUCUGUGAACUUAAUUUCAAAAAAAAAUAUUUUCUGUGUUGGACAUCUGUCUGGACAAAGGUUGUAAUUUUAAUUAAAAUUCAGUUUUUCAUUACCUUUUCCCUCAUGUUUUCAUCAUUGAACAUAAAUUAAAUUUGUUUGUUCUUUUAGUACAAUUAUUUUUAAAAUUAAUUUAUUUAUGGAAACUGCUUUUAAUCCUAUUAUAAAACAAAAUAUGGAAGACAGCUUUUAGGUAAUGAAGGGAAGGGUUUUUAAUAUUUCACAUGGGAACUCUUGGAUUUAUAAGAGUACUUCUAAAUAAUCUGGGCUAUGCAUUCUAAAUUUCCUUAUUUGAAGUUAUCUACAUAUUAUAAUAUUGUUGUAUUUGUCACUAGUUUUCACAACAUUCAAUAUUGAUAAGUAAGUGACUGAAUCUUGUCAAACUGAAACGUAUAAUUUUUAGCAGUGUUUUAAAGGAAAUGAAUUGUCACUGGGUGUCAGUGUCAUGUUAUUGCCUGAGGUUUAACUUUGCCUACUAAGGACUGUACCCUUGAAAACAAAUUGCAGCCAAGGUGAAUGAAAAUUCAAAAUUAUGAUAUUAACAAAUGUAUAUUGCAUGGUCAUCAAUGUAUAGGUCACUGGCGUGCCAACUUGUUUGACAUUCCACUUUGUUUCUUAUUUGGAAACAAUAAAAGAUUAGUUCAA